UAGUGGCCACGCGCAGAGUGAGUGCGCGAGAGUGCUGGGCAAAGUGGCAGCUCAGGCGAGCGCGCACACACAUCAUCAUUCAGAGGUGCUGCUGCGCGAUACCGGACACAACGCACUGCCGCUCCGCUCAUACUGGAUUAACGAAACCCGAUUGUCAAAGAAGAAAGUGGGACAAAGUUAUGGAUGAAAGAAUACCGAGAAUGCAGGGCAGACAGUUCCUGGAUCACGCGGAUUUCUUGGGGGUUGAAUAUUCGUCUCUCUACAUGUGCAAAUCCAAAAGAGGGGUGAAGAGAGAGGAAGGAAAGGACGCGUAUAAGUUACCACACAGACUGAUCGAGAAAAAGAGGAGGGACCGAAUAAAUGAAUGUAUCGGGCAGCUGAAAGAUUUAUUACCGGAACAUCUGAAACUUACGACUCUGGGUCACUUGGAGAAAGCAGUAGUGCUCGAGUUGACGCUGAAGCAUUUGAACGCGUUGACAGCUGUCACAGAGCAACAGCACCAGAAGAUCAUCGCUUUGCAAAACGGGGAGCGAUCGUUGAAGUCCUCCCUCCAGGCUGACUUAGACGCGUUCCACUCAGGCUUUCAAGCAUGUGCCAAAGAAGUCCUGCAGUAUCUGAACAAGGUGGAGAACUGGACGGCGCGCGAGCAGAUGUGCACGCGACUCAUCAACCACUUGCACAAAGUUUCCGCGCAGUUCCAGCCGGCCGCAGGGAUCCUGCAGCGGCCGUUGCCAGGUGACGACGCUCCAGAGCGGGACGCGCAGAGAGAUACUCAAGCCAACUGCGUCCCCGUCAUCCAGAGGACUCAGAACCUCGAGCUUAACGAGAACGACACAGACACCGACAGCGGAUACGGAGGAGAGGCGGAGAAAGGCGAGGGCAAAUGCGAGAAGGGAUGCGACAUGGCCAAGGGAGUUAAGAUCAAGCAGGAAUUCGGAGAUGAACGCGUGACCAAAAAAGCCAAAAUGAACUGGUCUGCGAACAGUGCAUCAGAUUCUGGCAGUACCCGGCCGGAUGUGGCGUUAAUGAACUCUUUGAUGGGAAUGGCGGGCGUUGGUGGACAACAGACUCCCUUUUGCAUGCCAUUUUACUUUAUAAACCCAUCUGCAGCUGCAUCGUACAUGCCUUUGUUUGAUAAAAGUCACUUGGAGAAGUUGGUGUAUCCGGCAGCAGCGGCGGCGGCACUAACCACCCCGUUCCCGUGGCUUUACCCCGGGAUUCCCACACACGCCUCCGCCGCAGCUGCGGCGGCCGCCGCCAUUGCUUUCCCCAACACACCCACUGAUAAAACCUCUGGAUUUAAUGCAGCAUCCUUAAAAGACGACGAGCCACUGUCUCCAGACGGUGACCUGUCCAACGAGGCCGACCUGGCCUCUCCUGUAUCUGGUGAUCAUCAUGGCUCAGAGAAUGAAGCCAUUCAUCAGCCCCAAAGAAAUGAAAAUGAUGGUACAUAAAGCUGAUCUUUUGACCUUUGAGUGCACACUAGUUUGCUUGUAUAAAUUGCUAUUUAUCUGUUUAUCUUAAUUUAAUUGUCAUUGAGUAUUAUAGUGUUUCUAUUUUUUUUUUUUUUUUUAGCAUUAUUAUUAUUAUGAGAACUCAAAAUUUCAAAACAAAUUGGUUUAUCAUUUUUUUUAGGGGAGAAUGGGGGACAAUGUAACAGCCAGUGCCUUUUGCACUGAUUCCUUGAGAUAUUUGAAUGAAAACCCAAUUAUGUCUCGCCAUCCAAUGGCGUGUUAGUAUUGACUGAAAGUGUGUGAAAUCUUUUUUUUUUCAGUAGUUGUCUUUAUUUUUAUGAAGAAACUCAGCUUAGCGCAGUACUUAUUAAUCUUCUUUAAGCUAAAGAACGGCGCUUAUCCUAGCGGAACGUUCCUUUCAAAGAUUUGGAAGUCACAUAUUGGACUCUUGGAUGUAAUGUUUGAUAUUGACCUCAAGCAGGCUGGUGUGACUGCUGCAGUAUUUGUCAGAUAUAUAACUUUCUAUUCUAGUACGACUGGAUUUCGGUUAUAUUUUGCUCUUUUCAAAGUUCUUGAAAGAGUUACCUACAUACCUCACUGUACCGUAGUGUUUGGGCCAGGACUCAUUUCUAAGAGGUGCUCCUCUGGUAGGGGUGGCCACGUAACGUUUCGAGCGAUUCCAAUUGGACGAACGGUGUAAGCGACACCCUCUGAUGUAAUGUUACAGCAGUCCCCGUCUCUCUCUCUCCCUUUCCCGAACAAUUAGUCUCUUGUCAACACUCCAGAUGAGAAUGGCAGGACCAAUCACCUGUCAAUCAUCACUGAGAGUGCUUCGCCAACAAUCUGAGAUCAUUGUCCUGUGUCACCUCUAGCAAAAAUGUACAAGGUAUAAUAGCACCUUAUGGAACUUUGAUAUUGAAUGUAAUCUGUGUUCUUUUGGUAGAUCUAAAAGUUUGUACUGUAUAUAUUCUGAUAAAAGUAGAUAUUUAAUCCAGAGGUAAAGUGCACUUUUUCUUGCCUUCUCAGUUUCCUAUAACAAUCCUCACUCUUCGUUUUUAAGCCAAUGCCCUUUGAACUCAAAACUAUGAUGUUUUUCUUAAGGAAAUUCUUAAAUAUAAGGCAAGUGUUGGGAUAUAUGUAUCUAUUAAUGUAUGACAUCAUAAUACUCUUGAGCUGGCAUAUUCAAACAUGUGAGCUGGCUCAAACAGCUGUUGAAAGAGAUGUGAUUAUAUCAAAUGUGUUUUGCCUUUUUUGAAACCUUGUCACCAUGACCUCGCGAAGCGUUUGGGUCAAGCUGUGUAUUGUACAAAUGUUGUGGAGCACUGUAAAACGACAUGAAUAAACGUGUAAACGGACAUUUCGGAUUGAAAAGAAUCA